AUAAUAAGGAAUUUGGAGAGUUUUUAACAAGUGGAUUGGAUACCAUAAAGUGUUUAAACUUGUACUUUAUCUUUUUAAAUACGUGAUAUACGCUCAUUCCUCUGGGUGCACGAAAAUAUUUCGUCUCGAGACUUAUCUCAGUUCAGGAUCAGGAUCACACAAAACGGGACAGUGAUUCGGAAAAGGGAGCAUUUGGAUUCUGGAUUUUUGGUUUUUUCGCGACAAAAAAUUUAAUUAUUGAAGGAAUUUUGAGAAAAAUAGUGUUUUUUUCUGAGAGGUGAAUCUGUGAAAGUUAAAAAGUAGAUUAUGACCAUGUCGCCAGACGAAGAGCAAGAAAUUGCGUUAGGUCGACCCACCAAAUUCAAGCCGGAUUGGCCCCCACAACCCUCCCAAACUCCGCUCCCCAAAGUUUUCUCCAAGUGUUCGGAAAAAUUCAAGAAGGUGUCCUGGCCCCCAAAGGAUGACGAGUCUCAACCGGUCGACCAGCCCGUGUCGCUGGUUCAACUGCAGGACGAAAUGCAGAUGAAUGACGAGCGUUGGAAACCCUGCGGAACGUACAAGGCCGCCCCCACCAUUUACGCCGAACAACCCGCACAGCUCAACGAAGACGUCUGGCCACCACCGGAAGGAAUUGACACGAGCGAACGCGUCAUUCACGACGCGUCCCGACCAAAACGCGCCAUCCGCGAUUACACGGUCUUCUUCAGCAAGAACAAGGCUCCCGAGGGGGGGAAAAGCUAUAAAGUUCCGCCCGGAACGUUGCACGUGGUCGCGGAACGGGGCGUGCUGUCCUUCGAAAAUGUGGACAUUGGGAAAGGCACGCUCGCCGAGGUUGGACCGGAUGGUCAACCCUUCAAACCAGGUCAACAACAGCAACAGCAGCAACCACCACCAAAAGGACCACAGGCCCCAAAUAGGAACGCGCAACAGCAGCAGCCCGCUCGUCGCCCGGUCCCAGCAGCAGCGCCACCACCGCAAGAAUCUGACGAGGAAGAAGAAGAAGAAGAGGAGGAGGAGGAUUCGGAAGCGUCACUUUAAAUUUUUGACAGAUACAAUUAAUUAAUUAAAUUAAUUAUUAAGCUAUAAGCAGAGUAAGUAUUUAGUGAUAUGUAUAGGAUUUAGAUCAAAGGUCGACGCCGACGCCAAUUUUAAUAGUUUUUGGGCGGCGCCGCGUAAAAUCCUACCGGCGACGUACGAUCUGCGACGGCGGCGCGGCGCGGCGUCGACCUCGGAUUUAGGUAAUUUCACUUCUUGAAAACCCAACCAACUGUAUUCACUUCAAAUCAGUUAAAUAUUUUUAGCUUGUAUUAAUUAAAUAAAUGCUUAAUUUUUAGCUUGGUUAAAAUACUUGAAAUAUAUUUUGUAGUAGGAAGAAAAUUAUAACUAUAACGUUAUUUGCUAUGCUAUGCAUCAUUUAUAUGUGUAUGCACGUGGGGAUUAUGACGACUUUGUUGCAAUUAAUUAGCUAAUUAAUUAUGACGCAUUAAUGCGAGAAUUUGCGCAUAUCAUGGCGAAAAGAGAGAAGAUAAUGGCAAACUUUUCGCAAAUUUAAGACCACUUAAUUUGGAAAAUGUGCCCCAUUUACAUUUUGGUUUUGACUUCCACUUGAACUGCUUUUAAAUAAACUGUAAUUUGAGAUUAUUAUAGAGUUAAAUGCUUUUUAAUUUCCUAAUACCUUUGUCUGAACUUUAGAUUAAUUAAUUAUUGUUCGUUAAUUAACCAUUAAGUAAUUUUGUAGGUUAUCUGUUUAUGUAAAUAUAGACAGCCAGCGCUUAUACGUGACCUUAUCAGUCAGUUAGGUAAUUUUAUCAAAUGAGCCAACUACACAUCCUGCCUUGUAAGAAUAAGAAUUGAUUGAAAUUAAUUAUGCAAUAAAACUGAAUCUUCUAGAGUUUUAGGGGAA